CCUAACCGACUACCCGCCGCCUGGUUCACAUGCGCGGGGCAGCUUUACGGUAUUAUACGGUGUUUCUCCACAGUUACGGAGCCGUUACCGGGGCUCACCGGCGAAUGUGACACUUUAAUAUGACACCGUUGGGAUGUAUUCGGUGUCUGUCGGCGGUCAGAAACCUGCCGGUUAAACUCCAGCUGAGCGACGCAAGGCGCUGCUCAACUGCUCAGGGUGACGUGAGGGUCAGGUUUGCACCCAGCCCGACAGGUUUCUUGCACCUCGGAGGCCUCCGAACGGCUCUCUACAACUACAUCUUUGCCAAGAAGUACGGCGGCUCGUUCAUCCUGCGCCUGGAGGACACGGAUCAGAGCCGGCUGGUACCGGGUGCUGCAGAGUCCAUCGAGGACAUGCUGGAGUGGGCCGGUGUGCCUCCGGAUGAGAGUCCUCGUCGGGGGGGCUCGGCCGGUCCGUACCUGCAGUCUCAGAGACUGGACCUCUACAGCCAGACGGCCCGGCGGCUCCUCGACAGCGACCACGCCUACUACUGUUUCUGCAGCUCCCAGAGACUCGACCUGCUGAAGAGGGAGGCGCUGAGGACGGGACAGACGCCGAGGUAUGACAACAGGUGCCGUCACCUCCGGGCCGGGCAGGUCCAGGAGAAGCUGGCUCAGGGAGCGCCGCAUGCCAUCAGGUUCCGUCUGGAUCCGGGCGUCGAGCCGUUCCAGGAUCUGAUCUUUGGACGGAAUCAUCACGAGGUGGCCCAGGUGGAGGGUGACCCCGUGGUGAUGAAAGCCGACGGCUUCCCCACCUACCACCUCGCUAACAUCGUGGACGACCAUCACAUGAGGAUCAGCCACGUGCUGCGGGGCUCCGAGUGGCUCAUCUCCACCUCCAAGCACCUCCUCAUGUACCGCGCUCUCGGCUGGCGGCCGCCCACCUUCGGACACCUGCCGCUCCUGACGAACAAAGACGGCACCAAACUGUCCAAGAGGCAGGGCGACAUCUUCAUCCAGAGCUUCCAGAGAGGCGGAGUCCUGCCCGAGGCCCUGCUGGACAUCACCACCAACUGCGGGUCCGGAUUCAACACCAAUCGAAUCGGGCGGAGGAUAGACGAGCUGAUCGCCGAGUUUAAUCCUUCAAAGAUCACAACACAUUCAGCUCUGUUGGACCUGGAAAAACUGCCAGAGUUCAACAGAAUUCACCUGCAGCGCCGCAUUGAGGAUGAGGAGCAGUGUGGUCUGUUGAUCAAGGAUCUGCAGGCCCUGAUCCGGCACGCCUGCACAGCAGAGAUCCAGGAGGAGGAAGUGCUGCACGAGGAUUAUAUCAGACGGGUGCUGCGUCUUCGUAAGGGUCACAUAUCCUCUCUUCAGGAGCUCGCGAGUCCUGCUUACGCUUACCUGUGGGCCCGUCCUCCCGUCUCCAGCCAGCAGGUGGCAGCACUCACCACGGAGGCCCAGCACAUUGCUUCCUUAGUGCUCAAGUUAGUAGCGAUGUGCGCUGGGGAGCUGGCGGUGGAUCGCCUCGCGAAAGAUCUGAAGGCUCUGGCCAAGCAGACUAAAAACACCAAGUACAGUGACGUGAUGAAGCUGUUGCGUCUGGCUCUCAGCGGUCUGCAGCAGGGGCCCAGUGUAGCCGAGAUGAUGGUGUCCCUGGGGCCCGCGGAGGUCAGCCAUCGAUUCCAGAAACUUGUGCUGCUGUCGGAGACGAGUUGAAGGCGCCUGACGACGACGACGUGCUCCGGUUAGACGUGGCCAGGAUGCUGAGAGUUACCGUGACAACCACCUGGAUGAUUCGGCCAAAAGCUAACGGGGACAUAUUCAAAAAGGACUGCACUCCACUGAUUUAAGUUAACUUGAAUAAUUAUGAAUAUUUUAUUAAAAAAACACGGAUGAAAACUG